GUUCCUCUGCAAAACCCAUUGUUCCACUUCAAUCCCCAUUUUCGUUCGGCUCAAGCCCUAGCCCAUUCGGCCGCCGCCGCCGCGAGAGGAGAGUGCUUGGCGCCGCUCGCCGCCCUCCUCGAUCUACCGGAAGAACGGAGAUGGAUACGUCAAGCCCUGCAGCACUUGUCAAUGCAGAGAUUCUGAACAUGUUUGUUGGGCGAAGAGUGCGCACAGUAGUUCAAGUCCAACGCAAUGAAGGUGGAGUACUUGUCGGGCUGUCUACUGACGGGCAUCAGUUGACUAUCAAAAGUGCCAUGGAUGUCUCUGUAUCACAUUUUAUGGAGGUUUAUGGAAUCGCUGAAAGCAACCAGACCAUCCGUGCUGAAAUUUGCACAGAUUUUGGUCCCAACUUUGAUGCCAAGGCAUUCGAUGGAUUGUGCAAGCUUGCGAGUGACAAGUUCAAGCACCUGUUCCUGUAGGGGUCAUUGUCGUGUGGAGGACAUUUGGCCAACUAUGCUUCUUCCAAGUUGAUGUCUCUAGGAUUUGGCUAAAAUGUUGCUCCAUUCACCCUAUAGUAUGUUCCUUAGUCAGUACUGGACACUUCUUAGGACCUAUUAACCUAAGCUACAUAGCACUUUGAUAGCAUUUGCUUCUUCUCAGCGAAGCAAACCUAUGCUUUAUGUUGCUGUCACUUGCAUUUGGAUCUUAAAAAGUUGCCGUAAUGGUCUCAUGCAUCUUGAUCUCGAGCUAUGAUGUGCCAGUUAAA